AUGCAUGACUUGUCUUCUUUUCCUACAACAAGAAACACCGAAGGAUGCCUCCACUCUCUUGUGUUCAUUGUUGAUUUGAAUGGUCUUGGUAACUUCACCAAAGUCCAGAAGGCUAUUGAUGCUGUACCUGAUUCAAGCCUUUCAAGGACCCUCAUUAUCAUCAACUCAGGAGUUUACAGAGAAAAAGUUCAAGUUAGUAAAAAGAAGGCAAACAUUUUGAUGCAAGGGAGAGGAUAUGAAAGAACAAUCAUUGAAUGGAAUGAUACUGCUCAGUACUCAUCAGGAGGCACGGCAAAUAGCUACACUUUUGCUAUUUUUGCAGAUAAUUUUGUGGCUUAUAAUAUAAGUUUCAAGAAUUUCGCCCCAGAACCAGAACCGGGUGUUGAAGGUGCACAGGCCGUAGCUGUAAGGAUUGAAGGAGAUCAAGCUGCGUUUUACGGUUGUGGCUUCUAUGGUGCACAAGAAACGCUCUAUGAUAAUCGAGGAAGACAUUUCUUCAAACAAUGUUUCAUCCAAGGAUCCGUCGAUUUCAUCUUUGGCAAUGGCCUAUCAUUGUACGAGGAAUGUGUGAUCAGAUCCAUUGCAAAAGAGACCACCUCAGGGAUUAGUGGAAUGAUUACAGCUCAUGGAAGGGAAUCAAAAGAUCAACGAACAGGCUUCUCUUUUGUGAACUGCAAGAUUGAUGGAAGUGGCAAGGUGUGGCUAGGGAGGGCAUGGAAAGCCUAUGCCACUGUUGUCUUCUCUAAGACUUCCAUGUCCAAAGUCAUCUCUCCUGAUGGAUGGAAUGACUUUGGAAAUCAAACCAGAGACAAGACUGUGACUUUUGGUGAGUAUAGAUGUUAUGGAGAAGGAGCUUAUUACAAGGAAAGAGUUUCGUAUGGGAAACAACUAACAGAUUCAGAAGCAUCUCCAUUCACAGACAUAUCUUACAUUGAUGGAGAUCAGUGGCUGAAUGGAACUACACCAGCUGAGCUUCACAAUGAAGAACUUGAAGAAGAUCUUGUCAGUUCUUACUGA